ACUGUUGAAACUAAACGGCGAGUCUUUACUCUGACGGAACUGAAGUUUGGGAUACCGAUGGUGUUCUUGUUCGGAAGACACGGAAACAAAAACAAGCAAGAAUGACUAACAACCACUGUUAAAUAUUACGCGAGUGUCUUUUAAAGACAUCAGAAAGGAAAUAUUUCACAGGGUCCAGAUUACUGAUCGAGAGGCCAAACUCCUUCGACAGUGGCUGUGUAGCUCGGGGCUAAAGUUAACGCCAGUUCUACGUUAGCAAAAAGUCGCUUUUACUUCAGACUGUUCUGUGGGAACGUUUACCUGAGAUGGACGGGCCAAAAUCACUGGAGAUUUGAAUAACUACCCGUUUAGACAUUGUUUUGUAUGUGAACAGAUGAGGCUGUGGGGACUGAGGAGAGGAAUACGUGUCACUGAUAAGGCGGUUGGUGCCAUCAUUCACCGGUCCGGAUCGGUGUCCAAGCGUCUAGACAAAACACACCUGUUGGCUUUUUAUCUUCCUUACAUUCAGUGUCUAAUGUAAACAAUACUUUUAGUGUGAUAAGGACGUGUUCCUAUCGAGAUGGGUUCGUUGUUUCGAGGUGAAGAGAUGUGCCUGGCCCAGCUGUUCUUGCAGUCCGGUUCCGCUUACGACUGCAUCCGUGAACUUGGUGAACUCGGACUGGUGGAGUUUAGAGACCUCAAUCCAAGUGUAAAUUCGUUCCAGCGCAAGUUUGUCAAUGAGACCAAGAGAUGCGAGGAGAUGGAGAGAAUUUUGGGAUAUCUUUUAAGGGAAAUUAAAAAAGAAGACAUUCCACUACCAGAUGGUGACGUGAACCCAGCUGCCCCUUUACCCAAACAUGUGAUGUCAAUAAUGGAGAAACUUCAGAGGCUGGAGCAGGAGCUCAGUGAGGUCACCAAGAACAAAGAGAAACUCCAGAAGAACCUUCUAGAGCUUACGGAGUACACGCACAUGCUGCGCGUCACACACAACUUUGUGCACCGUAGUGCAAAGAGAGAGCCAAUGCAGGCCCAGUAUGAAGAGUUCCCCUUUCUGGAGAAAGAGCCCAUGAUGGACUAUACAAGCAUGCAGAGGCUUGGAGCCAAGCUGGGGUUCAUUUCUGGGCUCAUCCAGAGAGUAAAAAUUGAGGCGUUUGAGCGAAUGCUCUGGAGGGUGUGUAAGGGCUACACCAUCCUCACCUACUCUGAGGUAGAUGAGAUCCUGGAGGACCCAGAUUCGGGCGAGCCAACAAGAAGUGUGGUGUUUCUCAUUUCCUAUUGGGGAGAUCAGAUUGGACAGAAGGUUAAGAAGAUAUGUGACUGCUACCACUGUCACCUGUACCCGUACCCUAACAGUAAUGAGGAGAGGGCAGAUGUGGUUGAGGGGCUGCGUACACGCAUUCAGGACCUGCACACAGUUCUUUACCGGACGGAGGAUUACCUGAGGCAGGUGUUGAUGAAAGCCUCGGAGACUGUGUACACAUGGGUAAUCCAGGUUAAGAAAAUGAAGGCCAUAUACCACAUCCUCAAUCUCUGUAGUUUCGAUGUCACAAACAAGUGCCUCAUAGCGGAGGUGUGGUGUCCUGUCAAUGAUCUGCCUGCACUUCGGAGGGCGCUAGAGGUCGGAUCGAGGAAUAGUGGAACCACAGUUCCCUCCUUUGUCAAUCGAAUCCCGAGCAGUGACACUCCACCAACCCUCAUGCGUACCAACAAGUUCACCUCAGGCUUCCAGAAUAUAGUGGACGCCUAUGGCGUAGGCAGCUACAGAGAGGUUAAUCCAGCUCCAUAUACAAUCGUCACAUUUCCCUUCCUGUUUGCUGUGAUGUUUGGAGACCUCGGGCAUGGUGUCAUUAUGGCACUGUUUGCUCUGUGGAUGGUUCUCUAUGAGAAUGACCGCAAACUGAAGAAAACCAGGAAUGAGAUCUGGAACACGUUUUUCGAGGGUCGUUAUAUCAUCCUGAUGAUGGGCAUAUUUUCCAUCUACACUGGAAUAAUAUACAACGAUUGUUUCUCCAAAUCGUUCAACUUGUUUGGCUCAGGAUGGAACGUCAAGGCCAUGUUUAGUCAAAAUCAAUGGACUUUUAAGAAUCUCAGUUCAAAUGCGUAUCUUGCACUGGAUCCAAAUGUCCCAGGAGUGUUUAAAGGGCCCUAUCCUCUGGGAAUUGACCCGAUCUGGAACCUGGCGUCGAACCGGCUCACCUUCCUGAACUCCUAUAAGAUGAAGAUGUCUGUGAUUUUAGGAAUAAUUCACAUGAGUUUCGGAGUCGUCCUUAGUGUUUUCAAUCACUUGCAUUUCAGGCGGAGGUUUAACAUCUAUCUGAUGUUUCUGCCCGAGCUUUUAUUCCUUCUGUGUCUCUUCGGGUAUCUGGUCUUCAUGAUUGUUUAUAAGUGGCUGGUGUUUACAGUCAAGGAGACUCAUACAGCUCCCAGCAUCCUCAUCCAAUUUAUCAACAUGUUCCUCAUGCAGCACGACUCCAGUCAGCCACUCUACCCAGGACAGCGUGGCCUUCAGGUGUUUUUAUUGAUCAUAGCUCUGUUAUCCGUGCCUGUGUUAUUGCUGGGCAAACCUCUCUACCUCUACUGGCUACACAAGGGCCAAGGGCGUCUGGGCAUGUACAGGGGUUAUCAGCGAGUACGAAGGGGUAGUGAAGAAGAGCUCUCUCUCUUGCAUACUCACGAUAUGGAGGAGGGCAGUAGCCUGGACAGCCAUUCCACCAGCUCUGACAGCCAAUCAGAUGAGUUUGACUUUGGUGACGUGUUCAUGCAUCAGGCCAUUCACACAAUAGAGUACUGCUUGAGCUGCAUCUCUAACACUGCAUCCUACCUGCGACUCUGGGCUCUCAGCCUGGCACAUGCUCAGCUGUCUGAAGUGUUGUGGGAGAUGGUGAUGCGGGUCGGUCUGCGUGUGGAUACUGAUGUGGGCAUCGUGUUCCUGGUGCCUAUUUUUGGUCUGUUUGCUGUCCUCACUGUAUCCAUCUUGCUGAUAAUGGAGGGGCUUUCUGCCUUCCUUCAUGCUCUCAGACUCCACUGGGUGGAAUUUCAGAAUAAGUUCUACAGUGGUGCUGGUGUCAAGUUUGCACCGUUUGCCUUCUCUCUCUUGCACAGCUGCUUUGAAAACGAUGGAUUCUUAUGAACUGUGACAUUACAGAAAACAGCAGUGGUGUGAGACUCAUCAUGCGGCUCUCUUGCUUAUUUAAACGCAUACACAUGUUGCACUAUGGCCGGAUUGGUACAACCAAACACUCGUGACAUCCGACUAAGGGACGGUGACUGAACUUAUUUACAUACUGAGCCACUUCAGAUUCUUGCAGUUUUUGUGUGGGAUUGAGAUCAAUCAAGACGAAGAGACUUUGAAAUUGUUACCCUUGAACCGAGGGUUUAUUGAAUGUUAUGUAAGUUCUACACAAAAGUGCUUCUUGGUCAUAUAUAUUUUUCUACCAUUACCUGUUCGGCUAUGCCGAGAUGAGGAGUGUCUUCAUAGCUGAGCACAUUCCAUUAUAAAGUUAAGUACGCCGUAUGUAGAUAUAUAUUUUGUUUGCUUGCCUAAAAUGAUUUAAUGUAAGUAUAAAUGGUCAUGUAAAUCCCAGGUUUUUCACCAUGAUUUUGAAGUAUGUUCCUAGCCUGUUAGUACUCAAAAGAUUUGAAUUAUUGUGGAAAGUAUUUUUUUAGACAUUGCAACAAGCUGAGGCUCAGAAAGAUGACUUGUUGUAAGCCUAAAUCUGCCAAUUCUUAAUGUUGAUCAUUUAAUUUAAUCAUUGAGCUUUUUAAAGCCUGGUGAUCUAGUUUCUAUAAUUUUUUUGACAUACAGAAAGCUUUUUGAUAAAUUUGUGAAUCGCCAAAAAGUGCCUAAAAUUCUGAAUGUAUUCAAAUUUGCAGUCACAAUUAAUGUAAUGAUCAAAUGAAACAUUGCUUUUAGGGAAAAUUCUGAGGGCAGAAUUAUAAACCAUUUAACUCCAUAGUUUUAUCAAAUUUAAUAUGUGACAAAUUUGGUUAAUUACUCUUUUGUUUUUAUUUAAUCCUUGUCUUUAAUGUGAUGUUUUGGUGUAUUGAUUUUGAGGCACUGAAUUUAUUCCAGUUAUUUAUUAACAGUACUCAUGAUGGUUGGUAUUGUUUCAAAAGUGUUUGCAUUGUUUGGGUUAUCAUACAUUCCAAAUUUUGGAUACAAAGUCUUUUUAGUUAACAAUAUCAGAUCAAACUGGAGGAGGUUAUAAAGUUGUUUGAUUAAAUAACUCAAUGUAAUGUUUGGUUUCAGUCCGUUUUGUGAGAUAAAUAUUUGUGUCAUGUA